GAAGGCAGCCGCUAUGUAUCGAAAGUUUGAACUCUUUCUAGGCGGGAGCUGCUGUAGUGGAACGCUUCUACGAAGAAAAUACGAUUUGUGAAAAAUAAACAUUAUUUUACAUCUUUUGUUUAACUGUACCAAAAAUUUUCGACUUCUUGCGCGCAACGUUCUCAUCGCGUUACUGCCUUUUUUCUCUAUCUACUGUUUCCUAAGUAAUGCCAACGUUCUCCUUCAAUAAACAACUCAACCAUGGACUUAUUUUGUGUUAAAUAUUCGUGACAUGACCUUAAUGAACAUUUAGUGGUGAACAUAGUCAAUCUAGUAUCUGGAUUUGCUCACAACAGUACCAAACACAAUCGAACACGUACAAGCAGCCGUAUAAAGUAACGUCCUUACAUAUUUAUUGUGUUUAUUACAUUUAACUGAUAUAUUUCGCUAUACAUCUGUUUGUAUUCAAUAACUGUUAAUAUUUUGAAAUAAUAUAUAGUUUGGUCCACCACAAUUAAUUGGUGAGCCCACGUUUAUGCUAUUUGUUGUACUACUAUAAUGUUUUAUUAACAUUUUCGGCUUACACGUUUUGUUUCUAUCAAAUACGCUUUUACCUACAUCAAACUACUGACAAUGGAUUUUUCUCAAGCAAAUACUCUUACCACAUCACAAUCUGAUGAUAAAGUUCUAAGUUCCAUUAACGCUAUCUCAGAUUUCAAACUUCCUGCAUAUGGAACUAGUGAUUCUAGGAUGUGGUUCUCCCAAAUUGAAGAUUUAUUCAUAGCCAGAAAUAUACGCGCACAAACGACCAAAUACGCGUACGUUGUUAGUGCACUACCCAUAGACGUAGCCGCCCAAGUUGGAGACCUGAUUGAACAAGUACCCGAGAGUGACCCAUAUGACAAAAUUAAAGCCGCUUUAAUUCAGCGAACCUCAGCAUCCGAUGAAAAAAGGUUACAACAACUGUUAACGUCAUAUGAAUUGGGAGACAAAAAACCAUCCCAAUUAUUAAGAUACAUGAAAGAACUGUCAGGACCGUAUAAAUUAGACGAAACCUUACUCAAAGUACUUUGGUUUCAACGGCUACCACAUAACGUAAGACAGAUUCUUACAGUAAUCAUAAACUCAGUCAACCUAACAGAUUUAGCUGACAUGGCUGACAGAAUAACGGAAAUUUAUCCAGACAGCCAGGGACUUGAUUCUGUACAAACCACCAUCAUAAACAAUAUGUGUAACGUUCUUAAUCUUCAACAACAGAUAAUGCAACUGACAAACCAGUUAGAAACGUUACGAGCCUCGGUAGCAAUGAUUAGCACUAGACCAACUACACCUUUCUCUAGGAGAAGGUCAUGCUCCCGACACCGCUCCAAGUCUCCGAAAAGGGCGACCGGUAUUUGUUGGUAUCACCAGAAGUACGGUGAGAGAGCUCGCCGCUGCACAAAACCGUGCACUUUCCCCGCAAACAGUCUGGAGACACAGGGAAGCUGGCCUGCCAGAAAGUGAUGGCGGCGACUACUGGCUACGCUGUAAGCCGUCUCUUCCACAUCAGGGACAGGAUUUCAGGCUCAGUGAAUUUGACUAAAAUAGUGA